CCCUGUUGAGGCCACAGGGAAGGAAGGACAGAGCCGAGGCAGUGUGGGCAAGGGUGUCGGGAUGAACAGCCUGAUGACGUCAUGGCUUUCCUCUUCACGCUGACAGUCUUUCACAACCAGUCAUUAAUCUUAGCUAGGGGCUACCUCAGCCUGGUAUGGACAAAUCAGUCUUUAGCAAGUGUUUAAUAACUAAUGAGCACUUGGCUUGACAAGAUGCAUUCCUCAACACUCUCUGAGCCAUCCCCUGCACUCCUCCAGACACUCCAGGGAGCAGUAUGCAUGGGCCAAGACCAUGGCUAUGUGAUGCAAAUUGGCAACCCACUUCUUACACCUCCACCCACCAACACUAAAGUCUUCUUCAGAAAGUUGCCAGCACACUUUGAUGUGACAGACAAGCUUGGGCAGGAAGCCAUUCGGUUUGAGUUCUGUGAUGUGCCAUUCAACAAGCUGCCAGGUGAGACAGGCCGGCUCGUUGCAAAACGAGUCCGUCGCACUGCUCGACACACUGGUGUGGCCACUGCCAGGGUGCGAUUGAUAAUGCUAGUGCUGCACAGCACACGCCAGCAGGAGCGUUAGGAGAGGCGAGCACUGAAAAGUCUUGGGGCGAAGGUGGAGGUGUUCCUGCAUCAGUUUUUUUGUGAGGGUGAACCAACCACACCAUCUACCAAGGUGUGAGCUACUGAGGAACCAAGCAAUGCUGCAACGCUUCCAAGACCGCUACGGGUCAGCAGCCAACCUUCCCAAGAUUAGCAGUGAGGACUUUGUGUGUCGCUACUUGGGUGCCGUGCCUGGUGACAUCCUACUGUCCACCGCUGCCUUCGGGGAGAUGCGCUCCUGGCGUCUGGUGGUGCCGCCCCUCCGCUCUCAUGACAUCUAUACAGAGGAGCUGGAGCAACGUGUGAGGCAGCAACGCAACUCCACUGCUGCAUUCAUGACCUACCUCAGGACCAUCACUGAGGACCCUGACCAUUACUGAAGUGGACGGCCAAGUAGUGAGGUGGCCACAAUCCAAGUCUUUAGUAAUGUUGCUUUGGAUUCACUCAUUUCAGGCAAUGUUACAAUGUAUGUACACUCUUCUGCAUCAUUUUGUGUAAUACUAUUCCCAUAAUCUUGAGUGAGUCCCUCCGUUUGAUAUAAAGUAUACACUGCCUAAAUGUUAAGUAUGGAAACUUACUUAUCUCUACCUAUUAUUGUGCUGAAAUUGACACUAAUGAACUCUAUAAAUACCCAAUCCAGCAUUUUUUUUUUAUUGUUAGAUAUGUAAGCUUACUUAUGUCUACUUAAUCUUAAUAUCAUGAUGGAACUGUAUAUUACUGAACUCUUUAAUACUCAACCUAGUAAACAUAUU